CCUGUGGGGCGACGGCCCGCAACGCUGUCUGCGUGAUGACGCGUGAGGCCGGGCGACGCAGCGCGAUGGCGGUUGACGCUCCGAUGGCGAACGCGAUGCGGCUCCGCAACCAGCUGCAGACGGUGUACAAGCUCGACCCGCUGCGGAACGAGGAAGAAGUAAAAGUGAAGAUUAAAGACCUGAACGAACACAUCGUCUGUUAUCUGUGUGCCGGCUACUUCAUCGAUGCCACCACGAUCACAGAGUGUUUACAUACAUUUUGCAAGAGCUGCAUUGUGAAGUACCUACAGACCAGCAAAUACUGCCCCAUGUGUAACAUCAAAAUCCACGAGACCCAGCCUCUCCUCAACCUCAAGCUCGACCGAGUGAUGCAAGACAUUGUCUUCAAGCUGGUGCCCGGCUUGCAGGAGAGUGAAGAGAAACGAAUUCGGGAAUUCUAUCAGUCUCGAGGGUUGGACAGGGUCAUCCAACCAGUCAAUGAAGCUAUGACACCAGACCUGGCCAGUUCCCCGUACACCACCUUCGAUCACUCCAAAGCCCACUACUACCGGUACGACGAACAGGUUUCACUAUGUUUGGAGAGACACGGCUCUCCUUUGGGAAAAGAGAAAGGAAAAGUGGUGUUACCGCAAAAGUACGUGCGGUGUUCAGUCCGAGCGGAGAUCCGACACUUGAGGAGGGUCCUGUGCCACCGAAUAAACGUGUUGGAUCAGCAGCAGGUGCAAAUUCUGUUUGACAACGAGCCUCUGCCAGAACACAUGACCAUGAAGCAGCUCUGGCUCUCGAAAUGGUAUGGCAAGCCCACGCCGAUGGUCCUGCAAUACAGCGUGAGGGACAAGCGGGGACGAUGAGGCGCCAGGCGGACAAAUCCUGCCAUGUUGUUACAACGAGGGCUGGGCUGGGGCCGGCCCCCCACCCUUCCCCUCUGACUUCCUCCAGCCACCGCGCGGUCCCCGUGUACCUACACACACUGGCCGGAUCUGAAACUAAAAGCCAUCGUGGAGUUCCGACGUGGCCUUGGAAUGGCCUCCUUUCCCGUGCUCCGAUGACGUGCCGGGACAAUGGGCCAAGACGGCGUGGACUCCCCUCCCAUCCUCCUGGAUGGCACUGAGUCUCCUUCCCCCCCUCCUUAAUGUCCAUCCAGCAGCCAACGUUGACCAACCAACUGCUCCCACCCCUAAAUGGCCAUGCAAGAUGGCCGCCAUUAUCCAUGGCGCUAUCCCAGUCGAGCGGGGCAGUACCGACAACAAGGAACUCUCCAGCUUCAACGGAAAGCCGUCGUUUGGUGACGGAGAAGGGGACGGCUCCCCUCCCAUUCCGCCUUCAUCCUGAAACCGCGGGGACCCCGUGGGACCUCCACACGCCGACCGGAACUGAAACUAAACGCCGCCGCGAAGCUGCGAGGUAACCUUGAGGAUGGCCCCCUUCUCCGUGCUUCAGUGGUGUGAGACGGAGCAAUGGGGCGAGACGCCAUCCCCCCCCCCAUCCUCCGAGCCCCUUGGCGUCCAUCCAGCAGCGAACGUCGACCAGCCUGUCGGAGACAAACCCCCUGGGAACCAACCACUCCCACCACAAAUGGCGAUCCAAGAUGGCCACCAUUAUCCAAGGCGCCAUCCCAGUGGAGAGGGGCGGAUCGGGAACAAGGACCUCUCCAGAUUCAAUGGAUGGAGCCAGAAACACACGCCGUUUGGUUUGUUUGCUUAUUUAUUUCCUUUUUUUAAAUAAAAAAGUUUGAAGCUCU